AUGGGGGUGAAUGGGAAAGGAUAUCUUUUCGAAUCGGUGGUGGACACGUGGAGGAAGCAGGUUGGGCAGAAGGACGGGCAGAGAAACGAAACCGAGCAGGGAUAUUUGCCCCUUGCUGCAGUUGCCUCGUUUGUGGGGGACUCGUUAGAGUCUCAAGGCAUCCGGGUGCUGUUUCUCAGCAGAAAUGGAGAAGAAAGUUGUGCCGUGGAUGGAGCCCUAACUGCCCUGCUGUCUGCACGCGGCAUUACAGUCAUGCGUCUACAGUCUGUUAUCAAGUCCUUCAAUAAGAAGCCCAUUGGUGCUAGUGAUGGUGAUUGCAAGGAUGGUGAUUGUGGGAGGGACAGCAACACGAGAAGCGAGAACAGCAGCAGCUGGAGCAACGACAAGAUUGGCAGGAGGGAUGAUGGUGAUGAUGAGGGAGAGGUAGCCAUUCACAUUCUAAACCUGCGGCGGGCUAUGGGCAUGGACUCUUGCUCUGACGCGCUGCUAUGA